GUCUCCAAAAAAACUCCAUAAUGUAAUCGCAUCGGAGAAUUUCAUGCCACGAAAUACUCCAUCUACAGACCCCCGCUUUAUUUAGAUUGUCAGCCCCUAUGCGGAGUUAUUACACGGCUCUGUCUCUGUCCAGCCUGGAAUGGCACAAUGGAGGCUGUUCCAUGCUAUUGAACUAUAAGUGACAUUACUGUGUGGACAUAUCGCUAAUCGGGUUUGAACGAACAGUGGUACCAGAGCUCCCAUACCCUUUAACUCUAAAAACAUAAAUUUCGCGUCCUAGCUCAGCCCAUUCCGUUUAAUAGCCCCCGCCACAAUGCCGUACAGAGCACUCGUUGUCUUCACACGCAAACCCGAUGAAAGUCCUGCCGUUUUCGAGAAACACUUCGAACAAGACAUCAUCAACAUCAUCAAAAACAAUGCCGGUGAUACAUUUCCCACAUCACACACCCGAAUGUACGUCAAGCGCUCUGAAGAGCCUGGCUACCCUGCCGACAUUAUUGUGGGGGAACAGGAGGACUUCCCUUUUGACGGCAUCUCUAUAAUUGAAUUUGAAGAUGAAGCUGCAGCAAAGAGAUUCAUGGCGAAGAUUGAGGUUCCCGAGGCGAGAAAGACCAUGGAAGGAAAGCUGGGAGUUCCAAUCCACUCGAAGGGCAGGGCUGUUUUAUUGAGUGGGACAUAUACUACCACAAAGGAUUGAGCCGGGGAGAAAUCGUGCUGGUGGAUACUGUAGGG